AGCGACUACGACACCAAAAAAAACCCCAAGUUCGAAAGUAGAGAUAAAAGCAGACACGGCUCUCUACUGCACAACACCGCACCUCGUUUUCAGUUAUUGCCACUUCGAGACCACCACCUUGCACCUGAGAGAUACAUUUGGCGCGCAUUUGUCGUCGAACUCUCCUGGCAGUUAACAGCCAAAACCAACACCCCGCUCCACAUUGUUGCAACAACUGGAGGGGCCCUGACCACCUCGGCCAACCAUCGUGAGCAUUUCGGCCCAGGGGAUUUGCCAAGCCCAAUCACACAACGUCACAAUGCACCACACUCGUCGAAAGUCUGGCCACGGUGCACCAAAUAACUCUUCAACUGAUGUGCGCAAGGCUGCGACUGUCUCAGAUCUUCCACGGCCACGAAGGCCGCAGACCUUGAUGAGAAAACCAACUCCUCAGACGGUCCAGAAAUUAGGCAAGAACCCGAGGGAUCGCGAGAGGGAAUGGGAGGAAGAGCGGUGGUGGGAAGACGAGCGCGAAAGCUUCCCUCAGUUCUGCAUGACUUGCGAGAAGCAAUUCAUCCCACAGAAUGAGACGUUGUAUUGUUCUGAGUCCUGUCGCAAGCAUGACCAACAUUCCAGCGCAACUACAUCAUCUUACCCACCAUUAAUGGGCUAUGAUGUUCUUGGAUCAGGUCUGCCAUUCUAUUCGGCGGGCAACCCAGAGCCACGUGACAUCAUCCCUCGAGCAUCGCCAUCACGGCCCAGCUCGACGUAUUUUUCACCACCCACCACUCCGACGAGCACUCAGUAUACUAGCGCUGUGUCGGCCUUGCGAUCAUUAACUGUUCGCCCGCCGAGCCCACCUUCACCUACUAUCGGUUCAAGCAUUUGGCCAUUCACGCGCAGUGCAGCGGCAAGCCCUAGCACAUCUUACACGAAAGCAACCAACUUUUUCUCGUCAACUUUUGACAAUGGCUACGGAGCAUCAGGAAAUGCGUACGGCUACACUACCGCCCCCGCCGUAACCUCGGACCGACCUUUACCUUCAAGAAAGUUUACUUACGGGCGACCUAAAAGCAUCGAGUUGGUUACUCCCAUGAUUGGCCGCUGAACGGAUUAGAGUCGGAACGUUCGCAGCCGGCACUUUCGCAGCCGGACUGCUGAUAUGAAAUUUGGAGUGCGAAACUGGCUGUCUCGCAAGGUGGCUAUCAUUAUGAACAAGCUCAGUUUGAGAGAAAGGCU